CCGGGCGCGGCUUCAAUUUCAAUAACUUUAUUGGUGGCCUUAUCCGCAGAACAGCCAUCGCACUAGUGGCUAGGGGAGGAGGGAGAGCAUCGCGGGAGGUGACUGGGGUCGGGAACGCCCUCAGGCAGUGAGCGCGGGGAUGCGGGGUGUUCCCGAAAGUGGCCCCCGACUGGAGCUGCGGCCAUGGGAAACACCACCAGCGACCGGGUGGCUGGCGAGCGCCACGGCGCCAAGGCUUCACGCGCCGAGGGCGCCGGCGGCCAUGCGCCGGGCAAGGAGCAUAAGAUCAUGGUGGGGAGUACGGACGACCCUAGCGUCUUCAGCCUGCCAGACUCCAAGCUCCCUGGGGACAAGGAGUUUGUAUCAUGGCAGCAGGAUUUGGAGGACUCCGUAAAGCCUACACAGCAGGCCCGGCCCACUGUUAUCCGCUGGUCUGAAGGAGGCAAGGAGGUCUUCAUCUCUGGGUCCUUCAACAAUUGGAGCACCAAGAUUCCACUGAUUAAGAGCCAUAAUGACUUUGUUGCCAUCUUAGACCUCCCUGAGGGAGAGCACCAGUACAAGUUCUUUGUGGAUGGACAGUGGGUUCAUGAUCCAUCAGAGCCUGUGGUUACCAGUCAGCUUGGCACGAUUAACAAUUUGAUCCAUGUCAAGAAAUCUGACUUUGAGGUGUUUGAUGCUUUAAAGCUAGAUUCAAUGGAAAGCUCGGAGACAUCUUGUCGAGACCUUUCCAGCUCUCCCCCUGGGCCUUAUGGUCAAGAAAUGUAUGUGUUUCGAUCUGAGGAGAGAUUCAAAUCCCCACCCAUCCUACCUCCUCACCUUCUUCAAGUUAUUCUUAACAAGGACACUAAUAUUUCUUGUGACCCAGCCUUGCUUCCUGAGCCCAAUCAUGUUAUGCUGAACCAUCUCUAUGCAUUAUCCAUUAAGGACAGUGUGAUGGUCCUUAGCGCAACCCAUCGCUACAAGAAGAAGUAUGUCACUACUCUGCUGUAUAAGCCCAUCUGAAGGGAUCCCUUCCUGCCUCCCAGGAUUUAAGAGAAGCAUCUCCCUUGCCUUUCUGGACUGGACCAGUCUUAACCUAAGACUGGAAGGCUAAUUUGCUUUGAGGCUGAUAUGUAUGUUUCAGAGCCUUUGAGUAGGAUGCUCUGCUUUUGCAUUCGAUUGCAGGUGGGAGCUUUAUGAGUUCAUGGAAUUUAUUUUAAGAAAAAAAUUUUAUAUAUAUAUGUGUGGGUGUAUGUGUAUCUAUACACACACACACACACACAUAUAUGAGAGAAAGGUUAAUGGAAGCCUCCUAGCUAGAUGUGUUCUCUCUGCCUGUGGGGACUCACCAAGACCAGUUUGGGGGAGCUGCAGGAAGAACCAUUACAGGAAGCUUUUUUCCUAAAAUGGGUGAAGAGCCAACUCUCAGGAUCCUUGUUGGGUAGAGAUUCUACCACUGCUACCUUGGCUCUCCAAGGGAUGGGCUUGUGCCAGACUUCUGCCCUACUUACAGUUGCCUCCUGCAGGGGCAGCUUUUCUUGCAUGGGUUCUCUGUAUUCCUAGAGUAUGUGGCACAGUCUGUGCUUUUUAUGAUACCAGAUGCCCUACAGGAACCCUUUCUCUUCUCAUUUCACAUUCUUGCUUUGAUAACCUCCUUCAGAUCCUAUACCUGACCCAUCCCUAACACAAAACUCACUGGCAAGUGACCCUUUCAAAGGCUGUGUGAGACCUGACCCACUAACACAGACUGGGGCUGCCAGAAAGUCUCCUUUUCAGCCCAGCACAGGCCCAGGCCACUUUGUUACCACUAGUUUUCACUCCUACUAAAGAAAAUAGGUCUCAGCAUUAUAAG